GCGGCGUCUAGGCCUCAAACGGAGGCACCGGGAGCACCGGGAGCACCGGGACAGAGUGCUGGGGUGUCCAGCUCCACGCCACCAGCAGCACUGGCCGCACCGGCCCCACGCCACGCCGGAACCGGGGACGCCAGAAGCAUCUGGAACAAGGAGCCGCGUCCAGCCACGCGCCAUGCGGGGACCGCCGGGGACACCAGAGGUGGCACCAGAACUGGCUCCGGAGGCACGAGGACGCUGCGGUGUCCCGCGCCACGCUGCGCCGGUGGCACCGGGGUGGCCAUGGCGCUGCCACGCGCGGAAGCCGCGGGCCAGUUUGACAUGUGGCGGGACUACCUGGGGCUGGCGGCCACGGUGGCCGUGCUGCUCCGUGAGCCUGCGGGACUCGGGGACAUCUCGGUGCCACUGGGAGCUCUGGCUCCCUGUGCUGGGCCAGCUCCACGUGUGGGGCCAGCUCCGUGUGUGGGGCCAGCUCCACGUGUGGGGCCAGCUCCAUGUGCCAGGCCAGCUCCACCUGCUGGGCUAGCUCCGUCUGCUGAACCAGCUCCAUGCCCUGGGCCAGCUCCGUGUGCCAAACCAGCUCCGCACAUGAGACCAGCUCCACCAGUGGGACCAUCUCCAUGCACCCAACCAGCUCCGUGUGCCGGACCAGCUCCGUGUGCCGGACCAGCUCCACAUGUCAGACCAGCUCCGUGUGCCAGGUCAGCUCCACCAGUGUGGCCAUCUCCACGUCCCACACCAGCUCCACCAGCAGAACCACCUCCGAGCACCGGCCCAUCUCCACGUCCCAGACCAGCUCCACCAGCGGAGCCACCUCCGAGCACCGGCCCAUCUCCGGGCUCCGUGCCGGCUCCGUGCUCGUUCUGCCAGCACAACGGCGAGUCCCCGGGCGUGUACCGGAGCCACAGCCUGCGUGACGCCCAGGGCCGGCUGCAGUGCCCGGUGCUGCGCAGCUACGUCUGUCCCCAGUGCGGGGCCACGCAGGACCAGGCCCACACGCGCCGCUUCUGCCCCCGCACGCACCGCGGCUACGCCUCCGUCUACUCCCGGCCCGCGCCCGCCAGGAGCGGGCGGAGGAGCAGCAGGACGUAGGCGAGGGAGGGAGGAGCCCGUGCCACCUUGCAGGGACUGCCCCAGAGGAUGAGACCACGGCUUGCAGCUUGGCUGGGACCAGUCUUGGAGCUCGACUGGGACCAGUUUGCCCGGUUUGUGCCACCUCCCGACGCCGUGGCACCCGCAGGAGUCGCUCCGGCCACAUCUGGGUGCUGCCAGAGGGGCCAGCUCUGAGUUCUGGGUUUGGUUUGAGUUCUGAGUUCUGAGUUUUGGGAUUGGUUUGAGUUUUGAGUUAUGAAUUUUGGUUAAUCCCAAAAGGGCUCGGUGCCCCAGGGGUUACCAGAUGUUUUGGGUCGGAUUGUGGAGUUUUGGUUAAUCCCAGGCUGGGAAGGGGCUGAUGCUCCAGGUAUUGGAGUAGUUUUCAGAUAUUUUGGGUUGGGUUGUGGAGUUUUGGUUAAUGCCAGGCCAAAAAGGGACUGGGAAGGGGCUGAUGCUCCCAGUGUCGGAGCUGUUAUCAGAUAUUUUGGGUUGGAUUUUUGAGUUUUGGUUAAUCCCAGGCUGGGAAGGGGUCGGUGCUCCAGGUGUUGGAGCUGUUAUCAGAUAUUUUGGGUUGGAUUUUUGAGUUUUGGUUAAUCCCAGGC